CAGAUAUUUGAAUAUAUUUCAAUUAUACAGAUAUUUCUCACCCUUUUGAAAACUAGCUCUGUGAUUGAUAUUGGUGGUUGUCUAGCCUGUGAAAGGCAGACCUGCAACGAUGAACGAUGACAAACCGUUUGUCUGUCCCGUUGCAGAUUGCGCCAUGGUGAGUUACAUUUUUGAAAGCAUAAAUACAAGUAAAGGCGGCAUUACUUUGCUAGAAGUUAAAAAUUUUAUUUUAGAGAUAUGCUUUAUAAUCACUUAUGGUUUUUUAAGAAAUUAUCUCUUACUAGAGCUCAAAAGGGUGCAGUUUUUUACUCUGGGUCUGGGUAUUUUAAGAAAUAAGCUCACUGACAGUCCUACAAUACACAAUAGGCCUACAAACAGUCCUACACCCUACCUCCCGUCCUUUAAACAUUAGGUCUACAGACAGUCAUAUGCUAUAACCACUGUUCUUUAUUGAUUAAUAUAAUGUUCGCCUCCCGCUAAAGAAAUUUAUUUUACCUGAGUUCACAUCCCAUGGAUGAAAGCCUUUUUUUUUUCACUCAGUACUAUUAAUUUAAAAUAUGUAAAGUUGGGGGGAGGGCAUUUUCGAAAAGGAAGCAUGACAUAACAGAAGCAAAUUGUAUAUAAGCGAUUAUGUUUUAGUACCCAUGUUUACAAAUUCUAUUUCAGCGAUUUAUUAAUGAAGAUCAUCUCAAUGUUCACUCCAAGAAGCAUGAAAUGUCACUGGCUCUUAACUCAAGCGGACAAUCCAGUAACUCACCAGCACAUCAUUUUUUAGGUAACUAAUUUUUUCUAUGGGUGGUUAGUAUAUUAUUGGUAUAUUAAAUAUGCAUGUUAUACAUGUGAAACAUAAAAGUUUCAUUUUGUGAUUGUUUUGUUUCACUAAAGAUCAACGAAGAUAAACUAAUUUAACAAAAUACUGGCCGCAAUAUGUAGAAAAAUCAGACAUUGUCUUAUUUUGUUAUUACUAUGAAGUAAAAAAUAAAUAACACAAAAUCAAAUUUUCUAUCAUUAAGAAAACAAGUCAUGACAGAGAUUUUAUUUAAAAAAAAUAAAUAUUCAAUAUGGUGGGUUGUUGUCAUAAUAAAAUUUUUUUCUAUAUGUAAAGAAUUUCAGUUCUGAUGUUACCAUGUUUGGGCAUAAUUAUUUUAUUUAUUCACAUCGAUUAUUGUUUAAAAAAUACAAUUUUAUUGUAUGGUGUAAAAUUUUGAUUAAGGGCCAUACAUACGAAUGCACUGAGAGGGAAGAGGGGGUUGUUGAUUUUGAGAUUUCCCGACCGGGGGUGGAGGUCUAGGCAGAAUGUGUACAUACAAUUAUGCACAAAAUGUGCAAUAAUUAUCCUGAAAUUCAGAGGGUACCUUUAUAUCCUAUUUUGAUCUCUGUGAGCCAGCUAUUGCCUAAAAUCUGUGAAAUCCAUAAUUUCUUCUUAUUUGUGAAGGCUAAACAGAUAUCAAGGCAACAUUAAGUUUUAAACAUCAUACUGUUUUUUGUUUUUGCUUUCACAACUGAACCUGCUAGAUAUCGCAACAGUCAAACAGUAUUUUCAGAAUAUUGGCCAGUCCUGAUUAUAAACCGGGUUAGGUUUAUGAAACUUGGGUGUUCAGAUACAUCAUUUAAAAUUAUUAUUUUUGCAAUAUCGCAAUUGUAUGCCAGAUUUCUCGUUAAAGACUUACAUGAGGAGGAGUAAAGUGGCCUAUACUCUGAAAAAAAUAGGUUUUUUUACCAGUGACAACUUCAGGGUACUGUGCUUGUGAUGUAAUUAUUUUUUUCGUAUGAAGUAAAGAUUGUAUUUGCUAUGCUGAACAAUCAGUGGAGAAAACACAUGACAUCAUUUGUUCAGGUUAAUUAUUAUAUUCUGUUGAACCAAAUAGUUGGUAAAGCCGAUUUCAUUGUCACUUGGUUUAAUCAUAUUGUACAUCUUAUUUGUCUAUAAAUAUAUUGAUUUAUUUUUUAAAGAAAUGGGGUAGAGGGGGUGGGGUGUGUGUGUUUCAUUUGCAUAUUCAUAUGGUGGGGGGGAAUGUCCAAAAAUGUAAGGGUGCAACAGGGGAGGGGAGGAUGAAAAUUUGCCUAUCUUACAUACUUAACAUAUCGAUUUUCUGUAUUUCAUGUGUGAUUGUUUCUCUGUUCAUACAGACACAAGAAAAUGGUCAAUUACAAUUUUGCUUUACAUUAUUAAUAUAAUAUUUUUAUUACCAGGGGUAUGUAAUUUUAAAUUUCAUUAACUUUGGAUUAUUUUAAUAUGUUUAAAUUAAGGUUGUAAAAAAAAUCAUUAAUCACUAACUAUUAUUCUCACCUAAAAAGAUAAUUUUAAACAGGUUCCUUCCUAUUGAAAGCGAUGAACAGGUAAUUGCUUUUCCACAUUAGAUCAUAGAUUUCCUUUAAAGAAAUUACUGUUAACUUUAAUAUUCUAUUGUUUCAGACCAGACUCCCACUCCAACUAAAUUCCUAAAAAACUGUGAAGAGAUUGGCCUGUUUCAGGAGCUGUCUUCCAAUCCAUUUGAUCAUGCAUACAAAAAAGCACUUGACAGUGAUGUAUGUUUGGCAGACAGCUUGAAAUUUUUUUUUUAAAAAUCGUUUUAUUUUCUGCAAGUAUUUGUAGCAGCGCAAAAUGUGUUAAUAAGUAUAUCCUAAAGUUUUAAACAAAGACAACACUAUUUAUAUCGUGCAUGAAUACAAAUGAAUGUCAUAUUUGAGACUUUUAUUUCUUUUGUUCACCCACAGCCACCUCUUCCUGGUCCUCCCACUGGCGAAUUGAACACACCAACACUUAUCCUGACGGACACACCAAAAAACUCAGGUGUUUCAGGUACUCACCAUGGGGUAGACAAGGUCAAGAGUACAGAACCCCUGAGGCCAAGUCCUUUAGCCAAAACAGCAACACCCAGCAAGCUGGUUUUGGACCUGUCUGGAAAAAGUGUCAUGUCAGCUCAACCCGCCUCCACAAAACUAACUGCUAAAAGAAACUAUACCUCUCAGGUAAAGAACGGUGCUGGUUUCUGACAGGUAACAGAAAUCUUACCUCUCAGGCAAAUAAUGUUUAGUUGCAUUAAGCAUUGGCAUCAAUUUAGAAAGAACAACUGUUCUCUCUGAUGUGAGUUACUAAAGUCCUUGAGUAAGGUGUUCAGAUGUACAUUUUCUGUCUUUCAUCAUUAAGUUUAUUAUUCAAAUUAAAUAGUCAUUUGGCUCUUUAACAAUUCAAAUUGUUAUCAACUUGGCUAACUUUUGUGACACAUUAAGAAUUUCUUAAUAACAAUUCUAGCUGUUGUCAUGAACUUUGUUAUGUGAGACAUUAAGAAUUUCUUAAUAACAAUUCUAGCUGUUGUCAUGAACUUUGUUAUGUGAGACAUUAAGAAUUUCUUAAUAACAAUUCUAGCUGUUGUCAUGAACAUUGUUAACUAAUGUAACACAGUAUCAGCAACAUUAGAGGCAAAAUUGUUGCCAAGUUUCUUAUUUGAUUGUCAAUAGAAAGACUUAAACAUCUACAAAUCAUAGCUCUGUUGACAAUGCAACAACAGACCUGUUUACUCUUACGAUUUUGGCGUAGAAUGUACGAUGUUUAGAUGUCUUUUACGAUUGUACGCCAAGACCCGCCAAAACUACGAUUUUCAGAGACCCGGUGGAAAAAAUUUUUUCCCCCAUUUAAAAAAAUUAAUAAAUUUUCGGGUUUGGGCGUUUUAGCCCUCUCUCAUGAAGAUCUGGCAGUGAAUACGAACGAGACAAACGAAUGGUUGGAUUUUUUUUUUUAAGUUGGGCCUAUCCUUAUUAUAUUUCGAAAGCACUCAUGGGGACUGGGGAGGUGGGGUUGUUGAUGACGGAAAUUGUGGCAUACAACGAGACACGCAUGGGUAGGGGAUUGGUGGGAGUGUCAAAGGAUAUAAAGAAAUAACCCCGACGUAUCGUAUUGACGGGAUCACAGUGAACUAGCUGGCUGCGUCAACAGUAAUAUUUGGAUGUGUCGCCCUAGCGACAACUUCACUCACCAUCGCCUUUGACUGCUACCAAGCGUGUGACGUAGUUUUGGUACAUAAUUAUUUUGUUCCUCAGAACCGCGGCGAUUGUAAAACUAGAGAUGGUUUUUACAAUAAACUAGAUGAUCCAACUGUUCUGCUGUGGAGCGUUGGAUGUUGGGCAUAUCGGUAUUUUAUAAGAUCCAGUCAGCGACAUUUACACAAUAUAUGGAAAUAUUUUGUAGUUUUAUUUAUUUACUAUAGAGAUAUUGUAUUGUACGAUUUUGAGACCAGAUUGUACGAUUUUAGGGGUUUGAGGGUAAACAGGUCUGCNCUUUGGUGUGAUCUACUCGAGGAACUUAAUCGUACACAGCAAUAUCUGCAAUAAAAACGUUUUACUCUUUACAAAGUGGUGACCAAGCUAGAGUCCUUAAGAUUGUUUUUGCACGAGAAGCGCUGUGACUUGGUAGAGCAUACUAUUGAAAAGGCAUUUAAAAUCGGGCCAAUAUGGAAUUUCGGUAGAGAGAAGAUUAAGGUUUAGGAAGUGAAUGGCAGACUGGCGAGCCACAUGCGGCUCUUUAGCGAUCUGAGUGCUGCUUGGUCAGCCGGCCACAAACGGUUUUGACUCCCAAAAACAUGGUUCUUGGCAGGUUCUUGACAAAGAAUUUGGCUCUCAAACAAAUUUUAAUCCCCCUGCUGGUGUUUUUUUUUUUUGUGGCUCUUUUGACUCAUGAGUUUGCCCGGCACCACUGGACUCAAGCGUGUUAACUGAAAAAAUCAAGCGCCUUUUGGGUAGGCGACGGCAUAGUUUUUUCCCAGUAAUGAGGGUGGGGGAUGGUUGGAAACAAUGACGUCACAGCACGGAAAGACGUGUUGUCACCAUAUUACUACUAGAGUGAUUUCUUGAUGAAAACACAAAGCAUUAGUAUACGAUAACUGCGAAACACUGUGGUGAUGUUUUAUAGCCUUAAUAAUAAUAAUUAACAAUGGGCCUAAUUGGAAUUCAUGGCCUUUACAGAUUUUCAGGUGACAGUUGGCUCCAUAAGAAACUGUCAGGAUAAUCAUUGAAGAAUUCAUGCAUAAAUGUAGGUGCAGUCUGCCCCCCCCCCCCCCCCCCCACUUUUCCCAUCAAAGCUGCCAUGCGCAUCCUCAGCGUGUACGUAGUAGUUGGAUAGCUUUACGUUGACAAGGUGGGGAGGGGGGGUUAUGAAUAUUUUUUACAUUUCAUUUUGCCUACCGAGUAUGUUAUAUAUGGAUGUCCCAUUGUCCAAACAGCCCUGCCGUACGAAGUGGGCUCCAUAGACGGAUGUGCACAUUGCGAUAUUUUAAUGUUACCAUGAAUGGAAUCGACGGCCCUUUUUGUUUUCGUUACCGUAGUUGAGCAUGCACAAUACAUUACGAUAUGGCAUCGACACAAUGAAAGGCACGCGAAACCGAUGAUGAAGAAGGAACUUCAACUGAACAUCAGAUUCAGGAAAAAGAAAGUUUAUUCGCUGAUAUCCUAUCUUGAAUAUCAGACAAAAUUGACUGAGUUGCGUUCUUCAAAUAAGGGUCCAUCAGACGCAAACAGCACAGUCGGACUUUUCAUGAGCAAUCAAUCUGAGAUAAAAGGAGUGGUGUUGAUUUAAGAGAUUGUGUGCACGGCGCCGGUCCAAGUUUUUAAAUUUAUAUACUCAACAUCGCCAAAUUUUCGUAAUGACAGUUCGGGUGUGUGGUGCGGGGGGGGGGGGGUGUCCUCGGAGGAAGGUAUGUGCGUUUUAAAAAAANAAUAGUAGAAGAAUUACAGUAGGGUGAUGUUAAGUCCACCCAAUGUUCAACGCGCGCACGACGUAUAUUUCGUUGGGCUACGCCAGUGGUUCUAAAAUAUUUGUUUGCCGGCGCCUGUGCAAUAUUAGGUUUUCACCAGGCGCCUUGUGUGACAUUCUAACAAGUGGACUUGGACAUAGCGAAUACCAAAAUAAAACAAAGGAUGGGAUAAAAAUAAAUAUAACACGUAUGUAGGUCACUGAGUGCCAUCUGUAGCUACAAACAGUAGAUACUCAACUGGGUAACUGGACCGAAAGAUGUCACAUUGGAUUUAAAGUAAAAAUAAAAUUAUGAAAUUUUUCUUUAAAAUUUCCCAACGCCCCUGUUAGGAAGCCGCAGCAGCCCAUAUAGAAAAUUUGCACCCCCAUUUAAAAGGACAAUUUAUUGCGCCCUUAAUAUGUGUGUAAAUGGUUUUUUAUAGUUGAAUUGACUGUUUAAGUGUCUUUCUAUAGACGAUUUUCACGCGGUUGCUCUUCGUUAUAUUAUCAUGGCCCUGCCAAAGGGCAGCGAGCACCCAGGGCGAUGUAGUCAGAUGUAGCAUAUAUUCUGUGAACCACUGGGCUGGACGAAUCACCAGUGGUGAAAACCCGUGUCACAUUUUGUUUACUGUAACAUAAUAUAUAAUGGACUUUGCUAAUUUUUUAUUGUAAUUGAGGAAAAGAGGGGGGGGGGGGGUCGUAAAAACGUCUGCGUGCAACGGAAAGGGGGGGGGGGUGUUACAUAAUUAGUCUUUAUUGCGUUACUGUAGUUUUAUUUAUUUACUAUAGAGAUAUUGCAUUGUACGAUUUUGAGACCAGAUUGUACGAUUUUAGGAAUUUGAGGGUAAACAGGUCUGCAACAAGCUAAAGAUGACCACUGUGCCAAUGAAAGUAUUCUCCAGGCAGCCGAGAUGGCACAUCUUGGAGAUUUUUAAAACAUUAAUUAUUCAAUUUAUUACGAACUACUUAAAAGUUUUUCCAUUUAGGAGUCAUAUAUUUGUGUCUAGAUGACUCCGAAGUUAAGUGUCAUUGCAUGUUAUUAUGUGUUCGCAGGAUGCUGACAGCACCAGCGAUGUUUCUCCUGUCAUGGAGCAUCCUGGGAUACCUUCACAGGGAAUUCCUAGAGCCCCCAGGUGAGAUGUCUUGCAAUAAAAGCAUUCGUGAAUAAAAUCUUGGCAAGCUUUGUGAUAACAAAUACACUAUCUAUGAUUUACAUAGAACAAAACCCAUGUUUUGUAGAUACCAAAAUCCAUGUUUUGUAGAUACCAAAAUCCAUGUCAGUUACAGGCUGUGUAAUCAUCAAUUCAUUAAAUACACAAUUUCGAUACGUUUAAACCUUGUACACUAAAUGUAGAAAGAAAGAAAACUAAAUAUAGUAUGGUUACUCUCAUAAUUAAUUCCUGUUUGCUUGGUAACCGAGGACCCUGGGUUUAAAAAAUAUUUGAGCGAAUAGGUCUUGUCUGCCGACCUCUGUAUUGGUAUUGUCUGUCGACCUCUGUAUUGGUCAUGUCUGCCAACCUCUGUAUUUGUAGCAUGAAGUAGACUCUUCCAAUCCCUUUUGAUGUCUGGAUUAAAUUAUGUUUAAAUUUUGUUUUUAAAUGAUGUCCAUGUGUAAAAACUCCACUGCGCACCAUUUGCGAUGUUUCAAUGUUAAUGUCCCUAUUCCUCACAGCUUAAUGUUCAAAUCAUGUCCCACCUGUACCCCCCUGUAGCUUGCAGUCCCAGGUGUUCACCUCCACAGACGGGUCCAUCAUGACCAAGCAGGAUAUGAUGGUCAAAAGUGAGGUUGUCAAACGGGAAGUGGAUGAGGGUGACUCCAAUGCUGCCGACCAACAACAGUGCACCAUGCAGGUUUUGUUACAACUUCCCACGGGAGAAACAGGUAGUGAACACAGCUGUAAUGACAGGUAGUGAACACAGCUGUAAUGACAGGUAGUGAACACAGCUACACUGACAGGUAGUGAACACAGCUACACUGACAGGUAGUGAACACAUCUACACUGACAGGUAGUGAACACAGCUGCACUGGCAGGUAGUGAACACAGCUGCACUGACAGGUAGUGAACACAGCUACACUGACAGGUAGUGAACACAGCUACACUGACAGGUAGUGAACACAGCUGCACUGAUGGAUAGUGAACACAGCUACACUGACAGGUGAUGAACACAACAGGUAGUAAACACAUCAACACUGACAGGUGGUGAACGCAGCAGGUAGUGAACACAGCAACACUGACAGGUAGUAAAUACAGCAACACUGACAGGUGGUGAACGCCACAGGUAGUAAACACAGCAACACUGACAGGUAGUAAACACAGCAAGACUGACAGGUAGUAAACACAGCAACACUGACAGGUAGUAAACGCAGCAACACUGACAGGUGGUGAACACAGCAGGUAGUGAAUACAUUGACUGCCCUGAAAUGCCUUACAUGGUUUUUCUAGGCAGAUCACGACUGAUAUUUCAAUUUAUAGUAGUAGUUAAAACUCGAAUAAAUGCUCAUUAGCACUUUCUAUUUGUUGAACCAAUCAUUUGUUUACAAUUAGUUUGUUUUCUUUACAUCACUGGGUAUCUGAUUAAGAUGCUGGUGAUUAUUUUAUGAAGAUGGUUAUGCACUUUUCAUGCUUCCCCAUCCACAACUAGGAAAAAGGGUGUGGGGUGGGGGAAUAUUGGCUUGUAAAUGAAUGGGUUUUAUUGUGAGUACCUGCGGUGCCUGAGACUGUACACUAGUGUGUGAGGUUGUACACUAGUGUGUGAGAUUGUACACUAGUGUGUGAGAUUGUACACUAGUGUGUGAGAUUGUACACUAGUGUGUGAGAUUGUACACUAGUGUGUGAGAUUGUACACUAGUGUGUGAGGUUGUACACUAGUGUGUGAGACUGUACACUAGUGUGUGAGAUUGUACACUAGUGUGUGAGAUUGUACACUAGUGUGUGAGAUUGUACACUAGUGUGUGAGAUUGUACACUAGUGUGUGAGAUUGUACACUAGUGUGUGAGAUUGUACACUAGUGUGUGAGAUUGUACACUAGUGUGUGAGCUUUUACACUAGUGUGUGAGAUUGUACACUAGUGUGUGAGAUUGUACACUAGUGUGUGAGCUUUUACACUAGUGUGUGAGAUUGUACACUAGUGUGUGAGAUUGUACACUAGUGUGUGAGAUUGUACACUAGUGUGUGAGGUUGUACACUUGUGUGUGAGAUUGUACAUUAGUGUGUGAGAUUGUACAUUAGUGUGUGAGAUUGUACACUAGUGUGUGAGCUUUUACACUAGUGUGUGAGAUUGUACACUAGUGUGUGAGAUUGUACACUAGUGUGUGAGAUUGUACACUAGUGUGUGAGGUUGUACACUAGUGUGUGAGGUUGUACACUUGUGUGUGAGAUUGUACAUUAGUGUGUGAGAUUGUACAUUAGUGUGUGAGAUUGUACACUAGUGUGUGAGGUUGUACAUUAGUGUGUGAGAUUGUAAACUAGUGUGUGAGAUUGUACACUAGUGUGUGAGAUUGUACACUUGUGUGUGAGAUUGUACACUAGUGUGUGAGAUUGUACAUUAGUGUGUGAGAUUGUACACUUGUGUGUGAGAUUGUACACUUGUGUGUGAGAUUUUACAUUAGUGUGUGAGGUUGUACUGAAAGGGGUGAUAUUGUUUAUUCACAUCUUUGUAGCCUUAUUCAACUUUAUAUUCCAGUACCUAUUAGCAUACCAGCUACCAUCAACAAGAUCCAGUAUUAUGGAAACUCACAGACAGCCCCAAUGCACAGUUUGUCACAACUACCAGCACUUCAGCCAGCGCCAUCAAAACCAGCACCAUCGUUACAAUCCAGUCAGACCACAAGCAUGGCACUUAAACAGGUAUAGUUAUUACACCAUCAUUACAAUCCAUACAGACCACAAGCAUGGCACUCAAACAGGUACAUUUCUUACACCAUCAUUACAAUCCAGUCAGACCACAAGCAUGGGACUCACACUGGUACAGUUAUUUCAUAGGGAAAAUUAAACAAAGGUUUAAAUAAACUUAAAAAAAGAUGAAAAAUAAAAAAGAACAGGUCUGCCCUCACUUUUGGGAUAACAGAUAAAAGUGGGGGGUGGGGGGGGGAACCAAUGAACAGGUGUGCCUUCCUCUAGGAGAAAAGGUAAUUUGUUAACUCAUUCCCUCCGGCAGUCCUACUUCAGUACCGGUACUUAAUUUAUUUUCCUGAGAAAAGGGAGGCAACUCAGUUUUGAAAUUGGUUUACAUUUUUAAAAUAUAUUUUAAGCUGCUAAAUAAUAAUAAAUGUUAAUGAAAUAAGGACGAAAGCAUCAAAAAAUGAAUAAGGUUUAAUAAAAAUAUCACAUUAGCGGCGAAAAAAUAAUGAAAAAUGGCCAAAAAAUUGAUUUUUGGCACAUCGGACGAACACAUACUACAUAUAGACGCGCUGUUCUAAAGCACACGUAGUUGUAAAGUGAAACAAGAUAAAAACUUCCGGUUUUUUAAUUAAAAUCAAGCAGAAAUCACGCUAUAGCUGGAAGUCUUGAGGGACGCGAGAUUUCAUUGCUAUUUAUAACUAAAAAUUAUAGAGGUGUGUCGCUAUGCGCCGGGACGCAUUUGGACGCAUCAGGAGAAACCCCCAAAGGACGCAUUUAGUCGCAACCGUCGGGAAGGAGUUAAGUAAAUUCAUUCUUAUGGUAAUAAGUUCCCUUUUAAUAUAGAUUGCUUCCUGUUCUUAGCAUUGCACUUCAUUGAUGUUUUUGAGAUCUUCGAAAAGAUAAGUUUUAUUUUUUUAUUAAAAUUGAUCUGUUGUUGAUUGUGUUGUCGGCUGAAGAAGGCAUCUGGCCGAAACGUCCGCUUAAUUGUUGUCUUUUAGUUUCAAGCCCAAACAUACUUUUUUCCCCACGCUUUAGUUACAUUACAUUGCUUGAACGCGGUCCCACAUAUAUAAUCUUUUAACACAACCAUUUUAAAGUUAUGGGAUUGUAUUCUUUAUUUGUAUAACUACUUUCAAUUAACUUUUGUAGAGGUUAAAAGCUCAGUUGCAGAGCCAGCUGAGUCCUACAGCCAAAAGUUCAGAGGUCAGUCUAGCCACUUCCAACACUUCCUCUUAUAUAUCCACCAAUGCUGCCACCCCUGGGAGUGGAAGCGGGCAGGUCCUCAUGGGUGACACCUCUCCGAUCGUCAUGGUGGAAUCACCUGGGUCAGAGAUGAACUUUUCAGAUUCCUCAGAUUAUUCAAUAGACAGGUGAGUAGGGGACUUCCUGGUGAAUCUUAUAUUUAUUAUAAAAACUUUGUUAACUCUUAAACCAAUGAAUUUACGUGUUUAAAAAGACAUUAGAGAUACUCUUAAUUAUGAAAGCCUUUUUUUUUGCUGUUUGUUGAAGUAGAAAACAACCAAGCAGAUGUAUGUCAGCUGAAUUUCUAACUAAAAAAUCAAGUUGCAGGUUUCCAGACAAUUUGAACCAUUGUCAGAUAUUAAAAAAAAAUAUUGUCCUGUAAUCUUAAAUUAUGUUUUAUAGCCUAAAGUGUUAGCUACGAUACCUGUAAAAUAACUUCUCUGGUAGAAUAAAAUCAGAUGGCUUGAGAUUGUUUUACAAAAGUCUUAAUAAUUCUAUUUUAGAAUGUCACAAAUUUUCUUAAUGUUUAUUUUUCAAAGCAAACGCCAAAAAAUGAGUCCAGAGUCAGGUGACCCAGAGGAGAGGAGGAGAAAGUUCUUAGAAAGAAACAGGUCAUUUGAGUUUGCUGCUGUUUGGGGACAGUUGUUUGUCCCAUCUUUAUGUUAUCCAAGUUUUGAAUCUGACCCGCAAGCACAGUAUUUAAAAAAUUAAAAAUAAAGAUUUAAGAUAUGGAAUGAAAAUGAAACAAAUUUUACAACAUUGGUAAAUGCUUAGUUGUACAUUCAAACCUUUAAAUGACAUUAUGGUGAUAUGAAAAGAUGCCCCCCCCCCCGUGCUAAGAUUAUCCUAUUGAGUGCUUCAUUGUGUAUGAACAGGGCUGCGGCUGCCAGGUGUCGGCAGAAGAGAAAACACUGGAUUAGUAACUUGGAGAAAAAGGCUGAUGAACUGCAAGGUACAAACUUCAGAUUGCAGGUAUGUGAUUUUCUGAAACUUUAGAUAAAUGCAGAUAUUGGGGUAGCUCAGAUUUUAAAAAAAAUGCAGUCAUUGGGAUUUGAGAUAUUUGUUUAUGAUCUCUCCCUUACAUAUAACACAAUCAGGGAUUCUAAUACUGUGAACCAAGUGUCCAGAAAUGGCCCAAAAAUAAUGUCUGUCAGGGAAACCUUGUUUAUUGUAGCAGAUAAAUGGUGAAAAAAAAAAUUACUUGAAAUAGAUCAAAUAUCUAUUCUUUCUGGGUCUGAUGCUCUGUUGCAGAAUGAGGUGAAGUUGCUGAGGGGUGAGGUAGCCCAGCUUAAGACACUGCUGUUAGCUCACAAAGACUGCCCUGUAACACAGCAGCUAAAGUCACAGGGACAGUUACAACACAGUAAGUGGACAUUUGUUUAAAUCAAGGAGCCAUAUUUGUACAAAUAAAGGAUUCAAACUUUACCAAGUUUAUUGUUUAAACACCGACAAGGGUGGCCAAAUAAAAUAAGAACGUCUUGAUUUCUAAUCAAUAAAUUGAUCGUGGGCCCUUAAUAUAUAGAAGAAGAAGCAAAUUAAUCACUAAACGAUUUAGCAGUGGUGUGCGAAAUAAUUGCAUUAAUGUGACGUGCUUGUUAUUUCUCCCCCCCCCCCCCCCCGCUUCUAUUAAAAUUGCACGAUAGUUGACUCUUGAGUCAAGCAAGGGUUUAUCUAAUUGAAUCAAUUUCUUAAAAUUUAAAGAUUGAAACCAGAAGUUGCUGGAAUAAUGAACUCAUGCUUGCGUUGGUAAGUCUUUUGAUGAAACUAUUUUCAUUUAAGAAAGUAAUCAAACCAGAAUUGCUCUAGCAAUGAAAGAUAAUUCAGGACAGACUCAGCUUUUAUUGGGCCACCUUUUUACAUGUUGCUUGCAACCUCCCCAGGAGAUGUUGGCACCAGUGCUUUACAAAAUUUACUCAUCAACUGUUCUUUGGCAUUGGAAAAUUUGUUUUUUGGUUUGCAAAAUUCCUUUAAACUGUUAAAAAAAGUAAUGAUGGUUAAAAGUAGAUCUUUUCAAAUAUAUUUAUGAUCGUUUAAUAAGUUCUGUAUUAUCCUAUAUAAUAAGUAUUUUCGGCACCUCUCUCCCAGUAGUUUUGAGCGAUUCAAGUCUGGCAUCUCAGGAACUUGCCCAGGUUGUGCCGACCUCCGACAUGACGUCACAAUCCAUGCAGCUUGGUCAGACCAUAGUGACAUUUUUACAGGACUCGGUGCUAAGUCAAGACUGCAACCCUAUCAAUGAAUGAAUGCUGCGAGGAUGAACCUUUUGUUUUGAUUUGUCGACGAGACCGUGAUGGUGAACAAGUCAUGUGAUUUGGUUGCUUGGUGUCUUCAUCCACUGGACAUUUUUAUUGAGAUGCAGGGACCGGUUGGGGCAUACCAUUUGCUGUCUUACUCCUGCUGUCUUACUCCUGCUGUCUUACACGUGCUGUCUUACGAAUGCUGUCUUAUGUGUGCUGUCUUACUCAUGCUGUCUUACUCAUGCUGUCUUACUCAUGCUGUCAUACUCACGCUGUCUUACACUGUCUUACUCACUCUGUCUUAUGCUGUUUUACUCAUGCUGUCCUACUCACGCUGUCUUACUCACCCUGUCUUACUCAUGUUAUCAUUUCUGACUUUUUAGGAAGUUUAGUUCUACUAGCUUGCUGUUUUGAUUUCAGUCUUUGUUUCUCAACUAAAUUCUGUUUAAGCUACAAACAGCAGCUCUCUAUGCAAGGCAAACCAAAGUUUAUUUUCCCUGAGGCCAUGCUAAGCUCCAGUUAACUCGGGAAUAGUUUUCAUCCUUUGACGUUGUUCCUCUUGUUAGUCACUCAUCAGUUGAGUAGCUCUUUGCCAUCUAAGUCACUCAUCAGUUGAGUAGCUCUUUGCCAUCUAAGUGACUCAUCAGUUGAGUAGCUCUUUGCCAUCUAAGUCACUCAUCAGUUGAGUAGCUCUUUGCCAUCUAAGUGACUCAUCAGUUGAGUAGCUCUUU